AACCAACUGUUGUAGCAGUCAUCGGUUGCUAUAGUGAUAUGAUCAGUAUAGUGUGCAUAUUUACAUUUAUUUUGCUCCUGUAGUACGCGUUUAAUUAACUACAUAGCAGUACAGUACGGAUACGAUGAAUAACUAUUGUGUUACAAAGAACUUGUUAAUUGUAAUGCUAUUUUGAUAGAUUUCGUCAAAGAAAUAAACAUUUCAGCAUUUGAGAGAGAAUACAGUCACUGACGUCCUUUUUGGUCGGUGCAUGCAGACAGUUUGAUAGGUUAAAGUGAUGGCAACAGUCGUACAGCAAGCUCCACCUCAUACUGUUGUAGUACCGGGAACUGUGCAAUAUCAACAUGCUGUUGGACCAUUGCCUGGAGAUAAUCUAAACCAGCAAAGUGCCAAGACUAGUGGCUGGAUUCAAGUGAGCUGUGGCACCAUCUCUGUGGUUCUUGGUGUCAUAGCCAUUGCUAUUGAUGCCUGUAAUUCUUAUUCAGCAAAUGCCAUUUGGUGUGGCGUUAUUUUCUACAUCCCAGCUGGUAUCCUUGGGGUGUGUGCUGCUAGAGGAAGAUCACCAUGUACAAUUAUUGGCUGCAUGGUGAUGUCCAUCCUAGCUUCUAUCUUUAGUGUAACUCAUUUUGCAGUAAACCUGUCAGGAGCUAUGGGUCAAUCUGGUUGUAGCUAUUAUGAUGACUAUGAUAAUGAGGGUGCAAAGAUUGCAGUUAACAGUAUGUUGGCAUUUACUGCAGUGGUCGAGUUCUUCAUAUCUAUAUAUGCUAGCACUGUGAUGUGUGGCGGUACCACCUGUUGUUGUCACACAACACCCAAUCAAACUGUGACUGUGAUUCAAACACAUCCAGUAGCUACUACUGCUCAAGUAGUUCAUUCAGGAUAUGUUGGUCGACAGAAUCCAACUGGAUAUACGCAACCACAAUUGACACCAGGCUUUACACAGUAUGGUCAACAACAACAAAUGCCGUACAAACCACCACCUUCAUACCAGAACCAACAGCAGCCCCAGUACCAGUACCAACAGCAACCUACCCAAGAGUGGUAUGACAACCCGCCACCAUAUGCUUCACCAUAUGCUCCACCAUAUGCUCCUGCUCCUGAUGCUAAAAUGUAGCAUUCUGCUUUUUUAACCUGGGUAUUGGCAAGUGUUAAAAUGUAGGGGUUUUUUUUGUUUUAUUUUAUUCAGUAUGGUCUCGUGACCAUACAAUUUUUCAUUUGUAGAUAUCAAAUCAGCUCAAGAAAAAUAUAAGGCAGAUACAUCUUUAGGACAGGGUUUUAUACAUCUUUAGGACAGGGUUUUAGUUUGAGAUUGAAAAAGUUACCUCGUAAGUAAGAGUCUUACGUUAACAUGUCAGUUGUCUAGCACAAUCAAGACUGUAUCCUUUUAGUCCAACUUGUCAUUACAGUCAUAAAGAAUCGUAAAAAAUAUUCUGACCUAAGUCAACAGGAAACCAGCCUUAAGGCUACAUAGCCCUGGGGCCAGAUUUACAAACUACUGUAGAAAUCAGCUUAAAUUCAUCUAAGUCCAUUUUUUUGCUUAAGUCAAAUUUAUCAAUAUUGCUUAACUUAAAAAUUGCUUAAAAUUAAAAAGUCGAUAGUACGUAUGACGCACCUUAGACGAUUUUUAAGCUAAGAUUUUGCUAAGAUGGUUUGAUUUUCAGCUUAAGAUAUUUGCUAGGGGACAUCUAAACUUUUUUGACUUAAGAUAUUUGCUAAGCUGAGAUUUAUAAAUCCCGGGCCUGGUUCUUUAUUAAUUUGGUUAAAGGGCCAAAUUAUUUUUAGAGUUCUCACAGGCCACAGAUAAUCUUUCUGCUAAGAUUUUUUUUUAAAUUUUUUUUCGCAAUUUUUUUCGCAAUUGAUCAAGCUACAAAAACCUACUGUAAGCUUAGAUUAGAUUUUUUUGAAAAAUUUAGUUGUUUACCUCUGCAAUUUAACAAUGGGCUUUUUCUAUGCUGGAUCUGAAAUCGGGAAUCAGGAUUUUGCAGUAAUUACAAUUUUAAAGAUGUCUAUGAUAAAGUUUUUACUUCCCCUGGGCUGCUAUGUCAAAUUUAACAGAUCUAAUAAUACUUGAUAGUUUUAUCUGAAUGGAGUAGAUUUUGAAAAACAACACGCAAGUAGAACCUUGCCAUUUUUAAAGUUGUGCUUUGUAAAUAAUAUUGAGCUUUACAUCUAUUUUUCUUGUAUUUAUCCACUAUUAAAGACAGGGUUAACCAUUUCUUGACACAAUGAUACCAUGCAAUCUGAAACUGAAUAAUCGAUACCUACACAUUACGGGAAUGUAUUGUAGGCAUUUCACAAUAUGUACAUCAAUGUUUCUUUUUAAAAAAUUUUUCAGAAAUUUUGUUUGUUGGGAUGUUUGCAUGUUUAAGCUAUUUAAAACAAGAAAAUUAUGAUUCUGCAGAUAAUUUUUACGAUUACUCAACAAUUUUAAUGCUCAUAUGAUAUCUUGUAUAUAAUUAUUGUGGGAUAGUCUGUAAUGGUUUUUUUUCUUGCUUAAAAUAUUGUAUGCGACACCCUAUGGAUGUUUAAACAAGAGAAUCCAAGUUAGACAAAUUUGCAGGCGUGAGAUUUUUGAAAAUUCAUCCCCUAGGCGUUAAGUAUCAAUCUCCUCUAGCCUCAACAGCAUCAUCUGUACUCUUGAACCAAGACCCCUCACAACUUAUUUACGUCACUGUUUAUGCGUCCUUUGAUCUUAUCCGACAGCGAUUUAUAAAACAACAUAUCUAAAGUGUUGGCAUACAUGAUGUUACCUUUUAAGUAGUACAGUAGAUGGAACAUUUUUAGUACGGUAAGAAGAGGACUACAAAUACUGUGAUAUAUAUUUUACGCUUUUACGUGAGAUUUUGGUUCUUAAUCGUUGCAUGAGACAGACCUCAAAUGCGCGAGUCUAACGCCGAAAUUUAAGCAUGCACUAAAUGCGGUAGAUAUUUGUAGGCAUGGCAAAGUAGAGCCAGGGUACGAGUUUGUCUGAAGACAGUGACGGAGCUACUGAUAGAACUGACAUGAUCGUUAGGGUCAUUAUAGAACUAUAACUAAGAAGAAUAACCGGGAACAGGGUGUGGUUUCACCAAUUAUUUGAUCAAGGGUUAAUGAUCCUGAUGAGAACUGUAUUGUUGACUAUAAAAGGCUUGUUUCAAAUGAAUACCGAUAUGUUUUUUCUUGGACAGAUUUUGAAGACGGUCCAAGCACGAAAAGUGGCAGACAGAAAAACCCUGUGCAAAAAUUUAUAAAAACUGCAUAGAAGAGGGAAAAAAAGAUCUGAUAACAAACGAUGGCUUUUCUGUUUGUGCGGAAAAAGCCAAUAAACUUAAAAAAUACACUAUUUUUAACCACAAUGAGUAUUAGGCCUAUACGAUUUUAAAGUUUGUAUAAUAUAUUAUAUAUUCGUAGAUUUAUUUUACUGGACUUAUUGCUGUAUUGUGUGGAUUUGUCCAAAUGAAUAUUGAAGAAAUAAAAGGAUGAUAUAGGAGA